GAAAAUCAUUUUGUUUUUUAAUGUAACGUUGUUUUAUUGUGUUCUAAGCGAUUUGGAUCCGAAGAAUUUUCCUGACAGUUUUCAGAUUCCCGAACAGGCGUACUGUAUGGACACCUACCGAUGUGGAGGGAACCACACCCUCCCGGAGAACUGUCGGUGUGACAUUGACUGUCCCGUGUACGGGGAUUGUUGUCCUGGAGAAGUGACCGACAAACCGGAAGAAACCAAAGUGAUUCCUAACUUUACGUGUGAAUAUUGGGAGGAUGUCGAUUCUGAGAACUUUAUAUGGAUUGUCAAUUCGUGUCCCCGUGGUGCUGAUACAGAACUAAAAAACAAGUGUGAAAAUGGAAACGGAAGUGAUGUUUUUGAACGUAUUCCAGUCAGUGGGCUAAACUCAGGAUUUUUAUAUAAAAACAUGUAUUGCGCUUUGUGUAAUGUAGAUAAUUAUGUAAUGUGGAACCCUGGAAUUCAAUGUAAAUGGAAGUAUACUUUGCCAGAAAAUUUUAAAGUUUCAUCAUUAUUGAACGAUACCAAUUGCCGUGUAACUUAUUCUCCACCAAUGGGAAACUUAACGCAGAGGACUUGUUUUCCUAUCACAACGGCGGUGAGUUGCCAAAAUGACUCUCUGAUGACGUCAUGUAAAUCCGGAAAUUAUGCACCGGUAUUCGGAUUUAAAAUAGCCUAUCGAAAUACCGAUUGUGCAAGAUGUCAAAAUUUUCCUGAACUAAACCUUACAUGUAACUUUAAGUCUUCACAACUGAUUCCAAGUAUAACAAAGCGAAAAAUUUACAACUUCAGCUACAGAGUUCUAUUUGAUUUGACCAGUGGAUGGGAGUUGUCGGAAACGCGAUUCAGAUCAUCGGUACAGAACAAGAGUACAAACCCGCUACCCUCAACCUGCGACAGAAACCAUUUGCUCGAUCCAUUUACCGGCCAGUGUUACAAAAUUGUGUGCAAACCUCCAUUUAUUUAUCAAAACGGUAAAUGUUUAUUGGAAGAGGAAUUUACAAGUGACCCGAACAUCACCUCAUGCAUUUCUAGACUUUUUCGUCAGAAUGAGUUUAAAAAGGUUAAUUCUACUUCAAUUUUUGUUUUUUCUUUGCGUAGAACGAUCACUGACUUUACUUUGGAGGAAAAUGAAACGGUUGCCUACGUUUGUAUAAAUGAAAGCAAAAUUGAUGAUCCAUGGAUCAACACAAGACUGACAACCGAUUUUUCAAACGAAGAGAGCUUUUUGUCUUUUAUUGGUGGAAUUUUGUCUAUAUCGUGCCUGUUUGUAUGUCUUAUUGUUUACUUCUGUUCCUCAAAGUUACACAAUGUACCUGGUAAAAAUCUCAUGUGUCUAAUGGCUUCCUUGCUCGUGGCUCAGCUGUUAUUUCUACUGGCGCCAUUUGUCUUUGAGGUAAAAAACCAAAGUUUAUGCGAGGCCCUUUCAAUUUUUACACACUUCUUCUUCCUUGCAGCCUUUUUCUGGAUGAAUGUAAUGUCUUUCGACAUAUUUUUCACUUUUUCUAAAGGUUUUAUAAAUUCGGGUGAAAGAGGGAGUACCUCAAAGCGUUUCCGCUUCUAUUCCCUCUAUGCGUGGUUAGGUACGUUGAUUCUGGUAGGGACUGCAGCCUUGGUUAAUUAUACUUCGGAUUCAAGCUUCAGACCUGCGUAUGGCAGAGGUUUUUGUUGGAUUUCAAACAGCCGAGGUCUGCUUGUUUUCUUCUUGGUUCCCAUUGCAAUUCUGUUGCUUUCAAACAUCGUUUUCUUCACCGUGUCUGCUAUAAGCAUUCACACUUCAUCUAAAAAGACAUCACGAGUUCUACAGAAAAAAGAUGCUUGUAAUUUAUUUAUUUAUAUAAAGCUUUCGGUUGUGAUGGGGUUAACCUGGUGUUUUGGAUUUCUUGCAUCAGUAACAAACCACGUGGUCAUGUGGUAUUUGUUUAUUUUCUUUAACACUUUACAAGGCUUCUUUAUUGCAGUGUUCUUUGUGUGUACAAAAAAGGUAUUUCGAAUCGUACGAGAUGGCGCCACUUCUUUUUAUUCCAGCACCAGGUCCUUUACUCUGACAAAAUCUAUGAAUUCUAAGACAGAUAGUGAAGAGAACCGGAACCUUGCGUUCCGGAAGUACAAAGCUCGAGAGUUCACCUGAUGGAAUCACUUCCUGGAAGAAGUGAUGCUAGUGAUUAACAUGUAUUUUGAACUUUUGUUUACGUAUAUGGAAACUAUUGAAGAGGGAAAAAAUGUCAUCUUCAUAUUUUUGUUGUGAUUUUCCCAAAUAUGUUGUGAUUUUU